CUCAGCUGUGACGGGCUCUGUGUAAGUAGAACUGACAAACCGGUCACUGGAGCCGCUCGUUACCUUCAAUUUUUAGGAAAUGGAUUUCAGCUCAAGAGGAGGGAACGGGAGCCCGGACGGCCCGCACGGCGCGUGGUUAUAGAGCGAGAUCAAAAGGAGCGUGGUCUGUGCGGCGGCCGCCUACGUUUUAUUCUCACUGCUGCUCUCUGGACACAGUCCUCUGAAGCGCUGGCGUCGGCAGGAGCGGCCGUUCCCCGUCUUCUGUGACUGUUUGUCCGUGUGUGUGUGUGCGCGUGUGUGUGUGUAUGUAUGUAUGUAUGUGUGGUUUGCGCGUGAACCGGCAGCAUCAGAGACCAGGCAGGCCAGCGCGAGCCAGCAAGAAAGACAGGCAGGGCAGAGAGAGGCAAACCCGCGAGCGCUCAGCUAGCAACCGUACGUUACACUGCGAGAGAUGGUCACGUCCACCCCUGGGAUCCUUCUGCUGCCGAUGCUAAUAUGUCUCCAGCACUGCAUUAAUGUCCACGGUACAAAGACAGAAUGUGAGGCCAGCCAGUUUCAGUGUGGAAACGGUCGCUGCAUCCCGUCCGUCUGGCAGUGUGACGGAGACGAGGACUGCACCGAUGGCAGCGACGAGAACUCCUGUGUUAAAAAGACUUGUGCAGAGGUGGACUUUGUGUGUCAGAACGGCCAGUGUGUCCCGAAGAGGUGGCACUGUGAUGGGGAGCCGGACUGUGAGGACGGGUCAGACGAGAGCUUAGAAAUCUGCCACAUGAGGACGUGUCGUGUGAACGAGUUUAGCUGCGGAGCAGGAUCCACUCAGUGUAUCCCCAUCUUCUGGAAAUGUGAUGGAGAGAAGGACUGUGACAAUGGAGAGGACGAGGUCAACUGUGGUAACAUUACCUGUGCUCCAAAUGAGUUCACGUGCGCCAGCGGCCGCUGCAUCUCGCGGAACUUUGUGUGUAACAGCGAGGAUGACUGUGGUGACGGCUCGGAUGAGGUUGAGUGCGCUCCAUCCUCCUGCGGCCCCAGUGAAUUCCAGUGUGGGAACUCAUCGUGCAUCCCUGCCAGCUGGGUGUGUGACGACGACGUUGACUGCCAGGACCAGUCAGAUGAGUCUCCGACUCGUUGCGGCCGUCACCCGACGCCGCCGGCCAAAUGUUCGUCCAGUGAGAUGCAAUGCCGUUCAGGAGAGUGUAUUCACAAGAAGUGGAGGUGUGAUGGAGACCCCGACUGCAAGGAUGGCAGCGAUGAAGCCAACUGUCCUGUACGUACCUGUGGACCAGAUCAGUUCAAAUGUGAUGAUGGAAACUGCAUCCUGGGCAGCAGACAAUGUAACGGUGUCAGAGACUGCACCGACGGGUCAGAUGAAGUCAACUGCAAAAACAUGACUCAGUGUCACGGGCCAGAGAAAUUCAAGUGUCGCAGCGGUGAGUGUAUCGAGAUGAGCAAAGUGUGCAACAAGGCCCGAGACUGUCCCGACUGGAGUGAUGAGCCCAUCAAGGAAUGCAAUCUAAACGAGUGUCUCCUGAAUAACGGAGGCUGCUCUCACAUCUGCAAGGACAUGGUAAUUGGCUUUGAGUGUGACUGCACACCUGGACUGCAGCUCAUUGACCACAAGACCUGUGGAGACAUCAAUGAGUGCCUGAAUCCCGGCAUCUGCAGUCAGAUCUGCAUCAACCUGAAGGGAGGAUACAAGUGUGAAUGCCACAACGGCUACCAGAUGGAUCCAACCACUGGAGUCUGCAAGGCUGUUGGUAAAGAGCCCUGCCUGAUCUUUACUAACCGCCGUGACAUCCGUCGUCUGGGUCUGGAGAGGAAGGAGUACACUCAGAUUGUGGAGCAGCAGAGGAACACGGUGGCUCUGGAUGCAGACUUUGACCAGCAGAUGAUCUUCUGGGCUGACCUGGGCCAGAAGGCCAUAUAUAGCACCAUGCUGGACAAACGAGGGGACGUUGGCACCCACAACAAAGUGAUAGACAACGUCCAGACUCCAGUGGGAAUCGCCGUGGACUGGAUUUAUAAGAACAUGUACUGGUCUGAUCUCAGCACCAAAACCAUUUCUGUAGCCAACUUCAACGGAACCAAACAGAAGGUCCUGUUCAGCAGAGGCCUUAAAGAACCGGCGUCCAUCGCUGUGGAUCCACUGUCUGGGUUUCUGUACUGGUCUGACUGGGGGGAACCUGCCAAGAUUGAGAAAUCUGGUAUGAAUGGAGUGGACAGACAGGUUCUGGUGGCAACAGACAUUCAGUGGCCUAAUGGAAUCACUCUCGAUCUGAUCAAAGGCAGGUUGUACUGGGUCGACUCUAAGCUCCACAUGCUCUGUAGUGUCGACCUGAACGGAGACAACAGGAAGAAAGUACUGCAGUCCUCAGACUACCUGGCUCAUCCCUUCGCUCUCACUGUUUUUGAGGAUCGAGUGUUUUGGACAGACGGCGAAAAUGAAGCCAUUUACGGUGCAAACAAGUUCACAGGCUCUGACGUGGUGACGCUGGCCAGCAACCUGAACGACCCCCAGGACAUCAUAGUCUAUCAUGAGCUGAUCCAGUUAUCUGGAACUAACUGGUGCACAGAAAAAGGUGAAAAUGGAGGCUGUAGCUACAUGUGUCUGCCUGCACCGCAAAUCAACAAACACUCCCCCAAAUACACGUGUGUGUGUCCGGAGGGGCAGGAGCUGGCUGCUGACGGCUUACGCUGCAGACCCGACCCUUCUACCAAAGGUCCCUCAAAGGAUGAUGGAAACGUUCUAAUACAGCCACCCCCAGAAGCCAACGUGAGCACAUCGAUCCAAGUGAACUCCACAGCCAGAGGGUCGGCUGCUGCCUGGGCCAUACUUCCUGUCUUGCUGCUGGCGAUGGCGGCAGCGGGCGGCUACCUGAUGUGGAGAAACUGGCAACUGAAGAACCAGAAGAGCAUGAACUUUGACAACCCUGUCUACCUGAAGACCACAGAAGAAGAUCUCAACAUCGACAUCACCCGGCAUAGCGCCAACGUGGGACACACCUACCCUGCGAUUUCGAUAGUGAGCACAGAUGAUGAUUUGUCCUGAUCGUCUUGGGGUUUUUUGUGUUUUUUUUUUUACGGCAACCCGUAGUGUUGCAUGGCGCCUCCUCGUUCCCAUGCCGACGGUUGUCUGUAGCAGCAGCCCUUACAGUUACGACCACAUGCCUUCUGAAGUGCAUUAUGUCAUUAUCUGUGGUGAGGAUGACCAGAGGAAAUGUUACUUAUGUGAAUACUACAAUGAAUUAUGUGUCAUAACUGUUUUCACUCAGUGCGUCCAAAGUGUUAAGGAUUUUCUUUCUUUUCUUUUUUUGUUUUUUUUUGUUUUGGUCUUUAUUUUUGGGCCUCAAACUUCCUGUCUAUUUUGCCCUGCCCUCUUUAAGGAGUCAGACGCCAUCUUGUCACAAUAAAUGAGAGAAACGCUGUGAAUUUUCACUAUUCGAUUGCCUCUUCCAGGAAUUUCUGUAUUCAGACGGGGCUGGAAAACUGACAAGAGAAUUCAGUAUUUCUCUCACAAAACAGAUCAACUCUGCUGGACAGGAAACUAGAUCUGAGCUCUCAGUAUCCGACAAGACGCGUGUUUAAAGACGGCGGGAGACUCCAGGGUCAAGAGUCAUUUAGGAAUGAGGCAUUCCAGGGAAAAAUUUGGCCCAAACUUUAUUUCUUGAUCCAACAGGCUCAGAUGUGUGAAUAUUUAUAUGCGAUCACGAUUUGGGCAGUAAUAUCUAGAACUAUAGGUUUUCCUUUGUCAAUUUUUAUGUGAUAAUUAUGUUUCCUUUCCUCCCGUACCUCCAGGAGCUCAUUCUUACAAGUCGUUCUCUCAGUGAUUAUUAUUAUUGUUGUUGUUAUUAUUAUUAUUAUUAUUAUUAUUAUUAUUAUUAUUGUAGAAGCUGUGUAAGGAUCACCAUGGUUACAGCAUUUGUAAACACUGUACAUAUUUACCCAUCAUCCCUCAGAGACAUGACCGUCAAUCAGGACUCUCUUCAAUGCACUUUGAUCAAAUGUUCCUUGUGUAAAUAAGAUUGUAUACAUUUGACUUGAAAUCAAUUUUUUGCUAUGGUUGGGCAUCAUACCAGGGUUAGAGAUGUAUUUAACAAGAAAGAAAAAGCUGAAAAAAUAUGAAAAAAAACACAACUGAAUUUGGUAAAACUAUUUUGUAUGUUUGUGUGCUGUUGCUGUGAACUUUUUCUAGCCUUGUACAGUGAAGGGGAACACUAUUAAAACUUAACAGCUCUGUAUCUGUGAAGAAACUGAUUUGCAAAUCACUUCAGAAUUAAAACCUAAUCUACAACGUUGUUCAAAA